AUGGAACAUUCACGUAGGAAGGAAGUUCCUCAAUGGCUUAAUACUACUAUACAUGUCUGGAACACGAAAAACGAUAUUCCAGUGGUGAACCUUCGUGAUGCGUCCGAGACACUGGGAUCACCUAGGUCUACGCGUCGUACAGAUGGGAUAUCGCAGACUCCUGAUGAAGACAGUUUUCGUGCGGAAGGUGCUAGCUGCAAUAGUGAGAAAUCUAUAGAAUCUACCACACAAAAAAAAUUAAAUGCAUUCCUCGCCGUUGUACACGAGCGCUCCGAAAAUCAGAAAACGGUACCACCAGCUGUUUCUAAUACGCUUUCCAAUAAUCUCAAUCUCGGUGGAGAAAGUGUAGCAACUGAUCAUGGAGCAAGAGCACCAUCUUUCCCAGAGGUGGGACCUUCUAAAGCCAUGGAUGUUGUAUUUGUUCGCGGUGUUAAUUUGCCUGGUGGAAAAAAUGUAACUGCAUCGUUACAGUUGGAAGAGAAAGACGAAUGGGAACUUAAGACUGGUGGUAUACAGAGUGUCCCGCUAUUUCAAGAUGAUAUUUGGUGUAAAUCUGGUUCAUCCUUCAAUAUAGACUCUUUCACAACAAAGGAAGAAGAUAAAGCUGAUAUCUUGAGCAGCCUCAAGCUACAAGGUUUUACAGAAGGUAUCAAGAACAAUGAGGAGACUACGACUGAUACGACUUCCGCAGGUAUAACAGUAACACCAAUAACAGCAACUACUGUCCAACCACCACCAUUUCCUGUCUCUGUUGGUGUGAACGACGCAACGUUUCAAACUUCUCCAGCCCCCACUGUUGUGCCGUCUCCAGCACCAUCAAUGGUUUAUCCACAAGUCAUCAGUUUGGGCGCUCCCGGUUUUGCGGCCGCCCCAACACACACUGCGGCUAUGGCGGUGCCGCAAUCUCAGUUCGUUGCUCUACCUGUGUCGUUUAUGCCUCAAGCUUCAAUGAUGGCAAUGCCACAAGCAUACCGUAUGCCACAUCAAUUUUACCAGAUGCACCCGCAACUUCCGCAACGGGCUCAAUUGCAUUACCAACACGCUGUUUAUCAACCGACUGGGAAUCCAGAAUUUCAUCAGAUGUCCCAACAAACACAUGUAGCUCCACAGAAUCCCUCUCCGCGUCCUGGAACGAAUAUUGGUGCUGCACCGUUUGUUCCUGGUGGUAAGGGCAUUUAA